AUGGUAGAUUGUGUAAAGCGUGAAGAGGCACUUCGCGUAGUGAAUCUGAUGCGACCGACAGCCGAACGGAUAGGACGAGACGAGAACGCAAAACAAGGACUGGUGAUUGUUGAGGCGAAAUACGGGCAGAUGCUGGGAGAGGGUCGAAGUGCCGAGAUGUAUCCGUUGCUAGGCGAGAAGACCAUCGACGUGACGAUACCACUGCAGGCGAUGGUGAACGACUCGCAGCUGAGGAUUUAUUCUGCGAAGAGUCAGCUGCCUGGCUUCUAUGAUCCAUGUCCAUUUGAGCCGAAAAUGUUGCGUAUCAUCUAUCGAUACAAAGGGCAUAUGCACUCGGUGUCUGUACCGGACGAAAUGGCACUGCAUAUUCCGAUGAUGUGUGAGUGA